CGGGACAGCCCGGGGUCAGGGGUCAGGGACGGCAGGACCCAACGGCGGCGGCAACAACACCCUCAGCGGCAGCGCCACCGCCUCCACCACCACCGACACCGACACCAGCACCGACACCAGCACCAGCACCAUGCACAGCCUGGCGGCCGGGGCGCCGGCCACGGCCUUGGCACAGGUGGAUCGGGAAAAGAUUUACCAAUGGAUUAAUGAGCUGUCGAGUCCUGAGACGCGGGAGAAUGCCCUGUUGGAGCUGAGCAAGAAGCGAGAAUCUGUGCCCGACCUGGCGCCCAUGCUCUGGCACUCGUUUGGAACCAUUGCUGCUCUGUUACAGGAGAUUGUAAAUAUUUACCCAUCGAUCAACCCCCCAACACUGACAGCACAUCAGUCUAACCGUGUGUGCAACGCCCUGGCCUUGCUUCAGUGUGUGGCUUCUCACCCAGAAACUAGGUCGGCUUUCCUUGCAGCCCACAUCCCACUCUUCCUGUAUCCAUUUCUCCACACGGUCAGCAAAACCAGGCCCUUCGAGUACCUGCGUCUCACCAGUCUGGGCGUCAUUGGAGCACUUGUGAAAACUGAUGAGCAGGAAGUGAUUAACUUUCUCCUCACAACAGAGAUUAUCCCUCUCUGUCUGCGGAUCAUGGAAUCAGGCAGUGAACUGUCUAAAACAGUCGCCACGUUUAUUCUGCAGAAGAUUCUCCUGGAUGACACGGGGCUGGCCUACAUCUGCCAGACGUACGAGCGUUUCUCUCAUGUGGCAAUGAUUCUGGGGAAGAUGGUGCUGCAACUUUCCAAAGAGCCGUCGGCGCGGCUGCUGAAGCACGUGGUUCGCUGUUACCUCCGUCUGUCUGACAAUCCCCGGGCGCGGGAGGCCUUGAGGCAGUGUCUUCCUGACCAGCUGAAAGACACCACAUUUGCUCAGGUGCUGAAGGACGACACCACGACCAAGCGCUGGCUGGCUCAGCUCGUCAAGAACCUCCAAGACGGGCAAGUGACUGACCCUCGGGGCAUCCCACUGCCACCCCAGUGAAGGGCUUCCCCUGGCACUGCCUGACCCCGCAGGCGGUCACCAGCCCCCUCCCCACCAGCUCCAGCCUAACCCACCUUGCAGGACUGUGAUUGGCAAGGCUGUGUGUGGUGGGGGGUGGCUCAGGCUGUGACGCUAGUGUGAGAUCCCCUGCUCUGUGAGCUGUGGGGAGGGACUAUGUGUGAUGGAGGGCCGUGCCCUGUAGGCCAUGCGGGGCUGAGGCUGUGUGUGAGGAGGGGAGAGGAGCCGCUCCCGGUGCUCACUGGCGUCUCUGGAGAGAGUUUCCUGAAUUGCUGUGAGUUUUUAGUUUGUAGUUUGUAGUGAAACAGCGUCAGUGACUCACUGUCAGUAAAUGUCUAUAAAUAUUCCUCUGUCUCCAA